AUGUCUUUUCUGGCCGGGCUUUGCAGUUGCUUUUCCAGCGGAGAUGUCCAGCCACAAGUGGCUCUGUCUCGUCCCGAGAUGCAAAUGCGAUCCUCAUCAAAUGUGACGCCCAGCGGUGUUCAAACGGGGAGCUACACCUACAAUGACCGUGGCGAGGUUGUCCGCAUAGAGAAUCCUCUGGCACGCAGACUCGGGCACGGCCCUUCUCGCAGUGACCUGGACUCGGGCGGUUAUGCCAGUGUGGUUCCCCUGCCGCAGUAUACACCACGUCCGAUGAGCGUUCAUGAAAAGACGCUCGAGGCGCAUUUACGCGAUGCUCCCGUGUCCUCGGACUCGAGCUCUGUCUAUCAAGACGAGAAGCGUCGUCAGGCAUAUGAGGACGAAGCCACCUCCGACGACUCCUCUGUCUUUUCGUACCCCAGCAGUUUUGGCAAUACUUCCACCGCCACGAGGGAGACGCCACCACCUCCAUAUUCGCCUCGCGGCUCAAUGAUGAUAGGCCGGUCACGAACAGCAUCAAUCUCAUCAACAAUGGAUGUCACUGUUCGCCCUCCGCCGCUGGCUCGGCUUCAUGGAGCGUGUAUCACGGCUGUGCCGUCCGAGGCUGACGAUCAGUCCAUCCGGCGUCAUCGCAGAGGCUCAUGGCAGAGUCGGUGA